AUGCAGUCUUCUUACGGCUUCGUCUGCUUCCGUUGCAGAGCUCUCGCCCGUUGGCCUAUGUCGCAGCUCGUCUCCUCUCGACAUCGCAAAGCCACAUACUCAACGAAAUCCUCCACUGCGCAUAAAAUCCUGGCGCGUCCAACCUGGUCUGUCCGGUCCCUCCUCGCCGAAGAUGACGCGUCGCCGGCCGAGGCCAUCACAUCCGCGCAGCUACACCACCUGCUCCGACUCUCCGCGCUUCCGCUGCCCAAGUCCAAAGAGGAAGAGGCAUCGAUGAUUGCGACCCUGCAAAGCCAGCUGCAUUUCGUGAAGGCGGUCCAACGAGUCGACACCACCGGCCUGGAGCCCCUCCAGGCCAUACGAGACGAGACGGAAGAGGGCUGGAAGGAGGGCACGAUAGGGCUGGGCGACCUGAAGCAGGUCCUCGCAAAGGAGGUUCGGGUAGGGCACUACAAGCGCCCAAGGAGGGUCAAGGAAAAGAUUGAAUCGGAGGCAGAGAACUGGGACGCGUUAUCUACAGCAUCGAAGAAGGCUGGUAAAUAUUUUGUCGUGGAAAGCGCAAAGAAGCCAUAG